AUUGUCAAGAGAAAUUGUAAAAAAUCAGUUAUACUAAAGGUAAUCAUAUAACAGGAAAAGUUAUUUAUGAUUAAAAAAGUGUCCGAUGAAUAAUUAAAUAAAUUAUGGCUAGUGGUAUAACAGCAUCUACGGCUGGUCCCGCAGACAAUCAAUAUUUCUAUGAAGACCUUGUUUUUCGGGUGGAUAAAAAAGGUCGAGUUAAAUUUGGCUUAGUUUUAGAAAAUUCGGAAAACUUUUCAAGCGAUGAUGAGGAUAACUUCGAUGAUAUUUUAUCAAAAGGUGAAAUCAGAAUAGCAUGGCAUCCAGAAGGGCGCGAGGAUGUAUUGAAGGAAACACAGGUCGGAUUAGCCGACAGAACUUUGAUGCCCGGCGACGUUGUUCGUCGUUUAGUACAUGGUAAGGAUACCCAACGAGGCUAUUGUAGAGAAAUUAACAUGCGGGCCGAUCUUAAAGUUGUUGGAACCAAAUAUAUUAUCAAAAAUGUCAACGCAGAACGCUUAAAGCCUUUAGUAAAAGUACCUAGAGAUAAUGCAGUAUGUUUAGAUUCUUGGGUUGGAAGCACAAAAUGUGUUAAUGAAAAAAUAAUUUUGAAAUCUUCAUGCGGUGCAGUAAUAGAAAUCCCUGAUUUAGAUGUUUGUCCUCUCAAAGAUAGAUCAACCAAAUUUCGGAAUGGCUUGUUUGCAGAGACUGUUUUUUACCCUGGGCAAGUUGUUACUGGGAGACUUGAAAAUUUAGAUAAUGUGAAACUUUUAACUCCCUCUAUAACAUUAAAAACUAAUAAAAAAGGAAAAUCUUUAGCAAGAAAGUUUACAGUCCAGUCAGUUCAAAUUGAAGGAGUUUGGGUGCAUUGGCAAUGUAAAGCCCUUUCUGAAGAAAACUGUGAUGACUUAAAGGCUAAUAUGCUAGUUCAACCAAGCCCGUAUGUAACUGGUGAAGAUCUUAAAAGAUUGAGAUAUUUAAAUCUUUUUGAGUCUUGUAUGCUGCAAAUCAAUGAUAAGAACUACAUAAAAAUAUUAGACUGUGAUGUGAUUGUUAAAAAAUCACAAUGGGAAAAAGAGCAAGCUAUCAAAUAUAAACUGCUAAUGAGCCAACAACAAAAAGAAGAGAACAACCAAAGUCAAAAUAGAAAUACCAAAGGCACCUCCAAAGUAUGCGUUGGUGAUAAAAUUAAAAUAAAACUUUUGGACGUAGAAUUGAAAAAGCAAUUACUUGCAACAAAGUCAUCAAAAACUUCUAAUGUUAUUACAAAAAAUGUUGUAUGUUCCAAUAAUACAAACACUAGCCAGAUAGAAAACGUACAUAAAAGCAAUAUUAUACCAAAUGUCACAACUAACAAAGAACGUGAGAGAAAGGAGACUGAAAAUUUUAGUAGCAAUUCCCAACCGUCAGUUACAGUUACUACCGAAAACGAAGAACAAAUUGUUAUACAAAAUAUUGAUGAUUUGGAUAAAUUAAAACCAAACACCCUCUUAGAUGAUUGGCAAACUGAUGAAGAAGAAGAAGAUAUGUUUGAUGUUUCUGAAUUUUCUGACAGCACUGGAACUACAAUUUCAACCUGCUCCAGCCCUACACCAAAAAGUAGCCCUAAACGUUCUCCCUUAUUACACAAAAAGCAAUUGAAAAAAUUAAGAAAGACAUCCACAACUGCAAACGAAAAAGUACCAGCUGUGGGAGAUGAAAUUGUUACAGAGGCUUUGGUCGUUUAUAGCACAGCUACAGUGGUUUGGCAAGAUGGAACGGUUGAAACGAACAUCCCAUCCACACAACUAUAUCCCAUACAUCACUUAGAUGAUCAUGAAUUUUUUCCGGGCGAUUUUGUGCUGUCUGGAAAAGAAGGAGCUGAUAUAUCUUUUAGAGACUAUGGAGUUAUUCAAACUGUUGAUCAUCAAGGAAGAACAGCUCACGUUAAAUGGUUUACAACUUAUACUUCUGCAGAUGAACCUAAUCCAACUUAUACAGGAGAAUCUGAAGUCAGCGUUUAUGACUUGAAAGAUCAUCCAGAUUUUCAAUAUCGUCCCGGAACUAUAGUAAUACGAGUUGCUAAUUUUGUAGGCGAGGAUGCUAUGUGUACAGCUGGUCAAAUUAUUGAUAAUUAUGUUGAUGGUAGAGUGAAGGUUUGGUGGGUUGAUGGUCAUAUAAGCAUGUGCUGGCCACAGGAUUUAUUUGAAGUUGGGCAAUAUGACGCGGAUAACAAUUUUUGGGGAAAUAACGGCUCUGAAAAUGACUCCUGGGAGACAGAAAGUGAAAUUAGUGAGCCAGGUGGUUCUCCUCAAAAAGGCGUUUCAGAGUCUUUGUUAGCUGUCAAUUUAGAACGCGCACGUGUGGCAAUGUCUACUUUAGAAGAGAUUUUUAAUAUUAAUCCAAGUCUACAAAAUCAAGAAGUUAUGCGAAAAUUACUGGCUGUGUAUAAAAAAUGUCGUUAUUUAGAUAGAUUAAUGAAUACAUCAUUCUUUCACGAAGAUCAUUUUAUGGGUCUCAUAGAACGUGUUCGUAAAGGACAAUCUGCCUCAGAAAGAGCACAGGAUCAGAAAAAUCGUCUCUUUAAUCAAAGUCCUUCUAAUAAGUUAACUACAGCUAAUGCAAGCUUUAGUAACAACGAUGAAGUAGUAGAACCUGGGAAAAAAGAAAGUUUAAUUGUGUCACCUAGAGAAUACUCGCCAAAAGUAAUUUUAAACUUAUCAUCAACACCUUUUAAAUAUGUAACAAAGAAAAAGUUGAUUAAUAAAGAUUUAACGGAAACUUCAACUGGCUCAUCCACUUUAGCAUUAAUAGAAAGACAAACUUCUUCAUCAGCUUGCGGAAAUAAUAUAAUGACGGUGUCUAACAAUCAUAUAGGGCAAAGUUCAGCUACUGAGCUGGUUGUGACUAAUGCUUCGAGAAUUUUUCAACAACAGCAUAUUAAUAGUACUUUGCAGUCAAAUAGCAAUUCAGUAACUGCAGUUGAUUCGAAAAUGUUAAGUAAUGAGAAAAAUAUGUUGAUUUCGUCCGUAAUGAAUAGUAUCGAUAAAGCAACACAGGAAACCGAAAAAGUAAAUAAUUUAAAAAUGAAUUGUAGCUUAGCAUCUCAGGAUGAUUCAGGAAGUUAUUCAAGAAACGAGCUUUGUGACGGCAGUUCUACAAGCUACGCAAGCUCAAACGACUUAACGGCUGAUGUAAAUAACAGUUUACUAAAAGCUAACGAUGAUCAAAAGUCAAUUUCUUGUAGUAGUAUAGAAUUAACAGACGAUUCUCCAGAGCAUGUUUGCGCUCGCCUAUGUUCUUUAUUAAAAAGUCAAUUGAUAAAAGCUGUUCAAGAGAUUCAGCAAAAAUACUGCAAGACCGUGUUUAGUUUAAGUGAUAUAGUUGAAUAUUCUUUCCCUGAAGAUGAAGAGACUUCAGAAAUUGAUCGAAAAAAUCAAAAUGAUGAUUCAGACGAUGAUAAGGAUUCUUUUACAGUUGUAUCUCCGUCAUUAAAGGCACUAGAUAACGAGCUCGACAAAAAUAAUGAUUUCGAAGAUGAAGGAGUUCAUGUCGAAAAAAAUAUGACUCCAAAACUUGAAAUAAAAAAUAAAACAUUUUCUUCUAUACCAAGUACUCCUGCUACAGAGGUUUCAACUCCGCUUGCUUCGCCAGUGCCUUCAGAAUGUUUCCAGGUAAUGGAAACUGCGCCAAAUACUCACAAAUUUCAUUUAACAAUAUUUCAUCCGGCUAAUCCACAACAAUACUAUAGGGCUGUUAGAAGAGAACACAAACUUUUAAAAACAUCUUUGCCUUCUGGUGUAUGGGUCCGAGUUUUUGAAGAUCGAAUGGAUCUUGUUAGUGUUAUGAUUGAAGGUCCAAAAAAAACCCCUUACGAAGAUGGUAUGUUCUUUUUCGAUAUUCAAUUAGGACGUGAUUAUCCAAAAACUCCGCCACUAUGUCAUUAUAUAAGUUACUGUUCAGAUCGCUUAAAUCCUAACUUAUAUGAGGACGGAAAAGUAUGCGUUUCGCUGUUGGGAACUUGGGCCGGCCGGGAUUCAGAGGUAUGGUCAUCAAACAGUACAUUACUUCAAGUUAUUGUUUCGAUUCAAGGCUUAAUAUUAGUAGCAGAACCAUAUUUUAAUGAAGCUGGAUAUGAGAAACAAAAAGGCACACAACAAGGUCGCGAAAAUUCACGAAUGUAUAAUGAAAUGGUUAUAAUAAAGUUAGUUCAGUCUAUGACAAAAUUGUUAGUUCAACCUCCUGAUAUAUUUCGUGAACAAAUAUAUAAUCAUUUCAAAAAUUGUGGAAAGUUGAUGUAUGAUAGAAUUAAAUCUUGGAUGAAUUAUUCUUUACAAACGCCGACACAUAGUACAGCAAUAGUAACACAACCCGAAUUCCCUCUUGUGCCUGCCAGCCGUGGAUUUUGUUUAACUUUAGCUGGCUUGUUGGAUAAUUUCUUUCUUAAAGUAGAAUUAAUUUCGAAAAAUAAAAUUAUUGAAUAACAAAAAUUAGCAGUAGUAUAAUAGAAAUGAUAAAAAAUCAAUUAAGUGAAUUAAUUGCAAAAUAUACAUUUAUUUUUCUUGUUCCUAAUCACGUUUAAGAAAAAUAUUCAAUUCAAUGAAACAAUAUUUAUUAUUUCUUGUUUCACCAGUUAAAUUUUAUAAAUGGUAUGUAUAUUAAAAAAAAAAAACAAAUAAAUAAAUCUUCAACUAAAUUUUAUAUAUAAAUAAUACCUACAUAGGCACAUUUGCGUUAUUUAGUUAGCAUAUGUUCUAUAUUUUCAGUAUUAUUUAAAAUGUAAAACGGCACGCUUAUUAUUAGUUUUGUAAUAGGAAAUGAAAGGUUUUCUUUAAUUUAAUUUUUUAUAUUUAUAAUAUUAGCCGCAAAUAGUAUAGAAUGCACUAAAAAUUUAAAAUAUUUUAUAAAAUUUAUGUAAUGAAAAAAUAAAUUGUUAUAAAUCUAUGCAAGCUAGUACCUAAUUUAUAAUAAAAUCAAAAAAAUAUUCUUUUCUUUAAAUAAAAUGUAAAUAGGAAAAUAUUUAAUUAUCAAGAACUAUUCAAUUACUUUUAAAAAAUUUCAUAAUUUCUUCAUAUGUACUUGUUUUUCAUUUUUA